UCCAGAACUUAAAAGCGUAAUGCACGCAGCCCUGGUUCAGGAUACAUAAAAUAACCAGAGUGCCUAUUUAGUAGUAUUUGAGGAAACGUCAUACAUUUAUCUACGUAGCUAGCGCCCGUGAAUAUUUCAUGUUAGAUUAUCUUUAUUGAGUUUUGCUGAAACAGAAGUUUGUGUGCUCACAACGAUACUGAAAUUAGCUAACGUUGCUAGUUAGUACGCUAACGUUAGCUAGCUAGUAGUAGUGUCAACAAACUGAGAGUGACUUUACGUUAACGGGUUCAAGUAACUGCACAAAAGCGCGAUGCUGGUAACCGUUUUCUGCUGCCCCAGUGACCAUUCGGAAAUCACAUUUGCACUCGAUGUCUCUCCAGAGCUUGAACUCAGAGAUUUUGUUGCUCUGUGUGAAUUAGAAUCAGGAAUCCCUGCUGGUGAAAUUCAGAUCACAUAUGCAGAGCAGCCCCUAAAAGAUCUGACCUGUGCUUUAGGGACUUAUGGUCUGAAGGAUGGAGAUGUGGUGGUGCUCAGACAGGUAGAAAGACGGCAACCACCAGCACAACCAGUCUUCCCAGGUCUGCCCCGUAUUGACUUCAGUUCCAUCGCAGUCCCUGGCACCUCUUCUGGUUCCAGUCAACGGUCCACCCGUAGACAGCAGCAACAGGCCCCGACCCCACAGCAGCAGUGCCCUCCACCCCCUGCUGCACCCCCAUCCCUAUUGGGCUCCACCUCCUCUCCUCCGGGUCUGGAUGACCCUGCCUUACUGCAGCAGAUGCUCUUGGCCAAUCCACACGAACUGUCGCUGCUCAAGGAGCGCAAUCCGCCAUUGGCUGAGGCCCUGUUGAGUGGAGACCUGGAGCGUUUCACCAAAGUGCUGUUGGAGCAGCAGCAGGAUCGAGCUCGCAGAGAGCAAGAGAGGAUCCGGCUUCUGACUGCCGACCCAUUUGACAUGGAGGCCCAGGCCAAGAUAGAAGAGGACAUCAGGCAGCACAAUGUUGAGGAAAACAUGACCAUUGCGAUGGAGGAGGCCCCAGAGAGCUUUGGCCAGGUGGUUAUGCUCUACAUCGACUGUAUAGUGAACGGAUACCAUGUGAAAGCUUUUGUUGACUCAGGGGCGCAGAUGACCAUCAUGAGUCAGGCGUGUGCUAAGCGCUGUAACAUCAUGCGCCUGGUGGACCGACGCUGGGCUGGCAUCGCCAAGGGAGUGGGCACCCAGAAGAUCAUUGGCAGAGUCCACUUGGCUCAGGUCCAGAUAGAAGGGGACUUCCUGCCUUGCUCCUUUUCCAUCUUGGAGGACCAGCCUAUGGACAUGCUGCUUGGACUGGACAUGCUCAAGAGACAUCAGUGUUCUAUUGACUUGAAGAAGAACACGCUACUGAUCGGGACGACGGGCACUGAGACCCGCUUUCUGCCCGAGGCGGAGCUGCCAGAGUGUGCCCGACUGGCGUACGGGCCGGAGGGCCCAGAGGACACCCAGCCAGACGAGAUCGCAGACAGGGAGCUGGCGGAGGCACUUCAGAGAUCUGUUCAGGAGAGCGACACUGCAGAUGGACAAACUACCUCACCGGAAUCGUCACCAUUCCCAAUGCCCAAACCCCUGAACAACAUGCCCCUGUCCCCUUCCCCCGUCCAUCCCCGGAGCCUUUUUCUGGACCGCUCCCAGUCUGCUCCAGCCUACAUGCGCCAGGCUGGGGCCCCAACACCAGGAUCGAGCCAGAGCCAAACAGAGCCUGGCUUCCAGGGUCUCCCCAUCCCUGGACCCUCAUCCCAGGUCCAGAACACAGCACCUACAGCCCAACAGUCUCCUCUCUCAAGCCCCAGCCCUACCAACCCAACCCAGCCCCUCCUUUCCACCAUCACCACUCCCCCGGCUCUGUCCACAUGCUCCCUUCCUGCAGACAAGAUGGUGACUGGGACUCCCACCUUGGGAGAUUCAGCCAGUCAGAUCCCUUCAGCCACAGAGAUUGGGUGUGCCUCAGAGAAGGCAGGGAACAGCUCAGUGUUCCCCCACCCAAAGGAAAGCCUUACCACUCAGCCCAUGGAGCAGGAGGAGGACAUGUCAGACACCAUUACAGAUCACUGGACCUGUCUGAGUACCCCACAUCAGCAGAGUGAAGGGGGUUCCCAAUAUCCCCAACAGCCCGUCUCUAAUCCCCCAUCACUCACAUUAGAACCCUGUCCUUUUGGAUCCACCUCUACAGAGAUCAAGUCUCCCCCUGCCUCCUCCCAGAACACUGUGCCAUCAGAGAGGGACCAGCCAGAGGGGAAUCGCUGUUCCUACUCAGACCAGAUCCCAUCUCUAGCUCAGGCCCUGCUGGAGCUCCAUGAGCUGCUGGUGUCUAACAGCCGUAGCCUCUCCCCUCAGGACCGCAGUGCCUCCUGCUCCCCCUCACACAGACCGAACGCUGACGGACUGGACCACAACCACAACCCCACCGUAGAGCCCCUCACACCUGAAAACGGCACCCAACCCUCCCCCUCUACUGCCAUUACAGCUGGUGUAGAACCAUGUGAUGCCAAAGCCAACCACCCUGCUGCUGUGUCAAACAGAGGACCUCCUCCUGACUGUGUCCUGUCAGGCUCCUCUGAGCAGAGCCUGGAGACCAGGGCCGAGGCUGAACCAGGAGAGGGACACGGGGAACCAGAACCACAGUGUCCAAACAGCUCCUGGUGGGAAAGGAGGGCAGAUGGGUAUGGGCUAGAUAACAGUAAAAGCAAAGGGACUGUGUCUGAAGCCAAAGGCCCCUCUUCACUUCAAGCAGACCUGGUGUUCAGGGAGCCCCCUGAGGGGCAGCAGGGGAGGGGUGUGGCAGAUGGGAGAGCCUCUGGCAAUGACAACCCUAACACACUCAACCUCCAACCUGACACAACACAGCAGAGCCCCCUGUCCAUGGCUGCUGGCUUACCUGGGGAGGAGUCUGGCGUUUCGCCCCGCGCUUCACCUCUUCCUCAGGCCCCGGACCAGCCCUCCUCAGCCCCUCUCAUGUCUGCUCCACGUCUCUUUACCGAUGAUCACAUCCAAAGGAUCCAGGCAGCUGGCUUCUCUGCCCGGGAGGCUGCGGAGGCACUGGAACAGGCCCAGGGCAGUGUGGAGCUGGCUCUGCUGGCACUACUGGCCCGCAAGAUCACUGUGCCCACCUAGACACUCACAAUAUUGCAAUCAUGUAAGAGUCCUAGCCUCUUUCAACAUGGGUUUUAUUUGUGCUCUUGUCUUAUUGUUGAUGGUGACAUCUGAAUUCCCUGGCCUCACAGCUACUUCAUGCUGAAGGGGAAAUGCUGUCAGUCUCUUGGUUUCACACAGACCAUACAACCAACUGUUAUCUGUUCUGGAUUUAGCCGAUAUGAUCUGAGGUGUAUUUGAUUUUGUGCCUCAGAAGAAACAUGUUUUUAUGUAUUUUAUAGAUGGGCUUUAGUAGAUUGAUUUCCUUUACCCCCCCCCCCCCCAACUCCGUAUAUACAUAUUUCAUUAUAAACACUAUUGAAUUGCCCCAAGGAUUUAGGUAAAUGUUUACAGUUGUGUGUGAAAUAGCAUUUUAUAAAGGGCUGAAGAUGAGUUAAAAUGUCAGGUUUGUGAAGAGUAUUAUUGAUGAGCCAAACAAUUAAUUGGUUUUAAAUUCAUGUUAGAUUAUUAUUUUUUUAAACUCAGAUUCUGCUAAUAAAACCCACCAGACCGUCAACUUAUUGCACUGGAAAUAGCUCCAUUUAAGAAGCAUUGCUAACGGGUGAUCUUUGCCUUCUGCCAAUGUUAUCAUGUUGUAAUAUGACAUUCAGUCAAGUAAUUAUUGCCAAUCCUGAGGAACUUGAUGGUGGUUUUCAUUUUUAAACGUCUUGCACGAAGAAGAAAAAAAUCAGGCAGCACUAUUUUUCAAAUGACCCUUUUAUUUUUCUCAUUCCUUUGAUUUAUAGAGGAAUGUCAAAAUAGAUGACAUAUUCAGCAAAGUUGUAAACCACACGUUGAAUUUUUCUGAAAAAAUGUCAGUGUGUGUGAUUGUGAAGGAUAAAGAGGUCUUCAAAUAUAACAGCACGUGUAAUGGGGAUGUCUGGAAAUGUGGUUUCUAAGUUCUAAAAGGGUUUUGGAGUUUCCUGUUCAGUUUACCUUGGUUUGUUUCAGAUAUCUAUCAUGCAUUAGAAUUACUCCCUCCCCCAUCAACUGGUAAUCUCUCCCCCAGUCAAAGUCUACCCUAUUGCCCCCCCUGAUUUAUUUGCUCAGUCAUUCAUGAAUCCAUUGUAUGUUUUUUAAAUUGUAUUAUUUGGGUCAUAUUCAUAUACCAACAACAUCGAGGCAGGUUAAAUGAUCUUGUACUCCAUUUUAAACUCUAAGGUAAAACUGGUUCUUUGUAUUGUAUGUGUGGGGUUUGGGAUAUUUCUAGGGAAUGGGUGUUAAGGAUUGUAAUUAAAGCCAUGUUUUUCUAA